AGAUAAACCCAUACACGGCGCAUCUUGUUCGAUAUUCGCGAUCAAUUGUUGCUGCUGCAAUAUAUCUACGCUCCUGUGUAUUUUUAGUAAGUUUUACACCAAUUUAAAAACCAACUUAAUAAGUUUUACCAUGUGCUGUCAGUAUUAGAUUCGAAAGCUCUAUUUGUGAACAACUGUGAGAUCCCAUCUAGCAUCUUCCGAGUGUGUUUCCUGCCGCUUUUCAGCGACUAGAAUAUCUCAUUGCGCCCUGAAUUCGACGAAUACGAAUUUAAAAAGUCUGGACUAUCCUACUUUCAUGGUCUGUAUUUUCGUCGAGCUUUUUUAAUGAAGUCGUCAUGCCAUUUAUCAAAUCUCAAUUUUGAUAAUUCUUCACCGAGAUCGAUUUGAAAUCUCCAAAAACUUUGGUGCUUAAACUGUGGCCGAUAACAAGAAACGGACCCGUCACGCCGAACCAUUUACAACUUAGUUAUUUGUAUUACGGUAAAAUGUCCGAUAAAUAAUUUGGCAGAAAAACUCCAAAACGCGUAACAAACCCGUAGCUGUGAGAAUUAGAAGUUUACAACUUAGGGAAGGUAAAUUUGAGGAGCCGCGAUUUUAAAAUUUCGAUGUGUUACGUUCAGGGUUGAAAAUUGAUGGAUUGUAUGAUAGAACGAGAACCCCUCAUAUAGUGCACAAUAAUAAACUGAACGACUGACAGCAGGCGUAAGAAAUCGAUUCCUUUUUGAAAUCCUCGAAAUUCACUUUAGCAAGACCUCCAGAUUUAUGCACAUUUGUUACCACAAAUCAAUAAUCAGCUAACGUCUCUGUUAUUUCUUGCUCGAGAAUUUCAGACCAUUUCUUGGGGAUAAAAAUCUAAAUAGUACCACUCUAACCAUCUAUUGAAGUCAUGAGUUUUGAAGGGCAGGAAAGUAAUUUUUUUCAUGAAAAUGAAAGAAUGCUGUCAGAUUGUGUUGCCCCUGAUAACAGUGCCUUUUUACAUUGGCUGAAGAAUAAUUGUGAAAAAACUAAAACUAAGAACUUUUACUUUUAUGUCUUGAGAAAAGUAAGACAGACUGUGAUGGAAAAUGAAUUAAAUGACUUCGUAAGAUUUUUCGACGCUAUUGAAAGUAUGACUGAUGCAGGUAUUGUAGAAAAAGAAUUCCUUAGCGAUGAAGGGUAUCCUUUAUUUGAUACGAAUUUAAUUAUAUUAGCUUGUAAGCACAAAAGCCAGGAAGUCUUAGAGAACUUGCUUCGAAGAGAGUCUAAAAUUUUGGGUGUUUUGUCCCCCGAAAAUGCAGAAAUCAGCGUCUUACGCCCAGAUCAUGUGGAUUUAGAUCAACAUAAUGCUUUUUACUAUGCCAUCCGAUCAGAUAGCAUCGAUGUCCUUUCAAUACUUAUUCACGGGUGGCCUGGAGUGAACUUCACCUCUAACCCUCGAAAACUAGAACAACUUCUUUCCGCAGCCUACGACGAGCUAAAAUUGAAAAGGGUGCCCCUUUCUGAUGAGAUGGAAACAUUUGUGGAAAGUAAAUUAAUAGACCUCAAGUUUUGGUCUGAAAAUUCUUUAUCAGUUAAAGAUACUGAAAGUGACACUAACAAUAUCAUUGCACGGAUUAAAUUAAUGACUGAGAAAAUUCAAUUUUUAAAAAAAGAGUACUCUCAUACAGAUGUGGAUGACGUAUUUUUACUCACUGGGAAGUUCAUUCUGCAGAAUAUGCAUGUGCUUAAGCGACAAAUGAGAUCAACCUACAAUAUACUACCGUGGGAGGAGGUUGAAUUCUGUUUAGUGAGCUUUAUUUCUUCUCGAAUUAAGAAUCAUGAAAUGAAUCUAUUGACAGUCCUUUCCUUAAAUAAAGAAUCAAUAAUCAACUACCUGGAAAUUUUCGGGAAGAAACUCGACGAAGUAGUACUUGUAGAGGGUUAUUUUAAUAAUUAUGACAAUAACAUACUUCCGAAAACACCACGUGAUGAGGUUGUUGCACAAAUCAUUGAGAGCAACCCUGAAUUUAGGGACCUGUACGAUGAUUACAAAAAAGUGCGAGAUAUUUACUCAUUGGAAACAAUAAGAGUUCAUUUGCAAUUCAUUGCUGAAGCAAAUUUCAAAGAGAAAGAGGGACAGUUAACUAUGACAAGAGCUCUCCAAGUCAUUGGUGAACAUUUCAAAAAUACUCUGGAAUCGCCCAAACUAUCUACAGCAAUGAGCGAACUUUUAUUAUCCUCGUUACAACUGAGCACAAAGAAAAUCAUCGUAGAUUUAAGAGAUGCAUUAUCCCAUUCUUCCUCUCUCUCGCAGAGAACUGAAACUGAACAACAGGCCGAUGACAAUUUUUACGAUGGUAUUCAGAAUGACGCGAAAAUAAUAGAAAGCUUGGUUGUUGAUAUCAUUCUAAAUAAUGAAGUUGAGUGUGCUAAAUCUCUGCUGAAAAACAUCAUGUCAGCUAAGGGCCUGGAUGAUUUACAAAAAAUUGCUAAAGCCUUCAACAAAGUUAAUGUACGUAGCCUAGUACUACAAUCAGAAAAUUAUGAAAUGAAAACUCUUAAAAAGCUAGAGGAGAUGGUUGAAGAGCUAAGAAAAAUUGUAACUGAUCCAAAUGACAUUGAAGUACAAUUAUUCAGCGAAAUUGACUUUGUAAUGAAGCCAUUCAGAAUCCAAUCAGAAGUUGCAAUUUUAGAUUAUCCUGCUUUUCUUGGAUCUGUAAUAAAUGGAUUGAUUACUCUGGAGGAAGAUAAAAUGCAAUGGAACUAUUUUCAUCAUUUUCAGUCGGGUAUUCGACGGUUUGAAAAAGAAGUAUACGUGUUCACCUCUGAAAUAAAAGAAUGUGAUUUGAAGAUUAUUAUACAGCGUGCGAUGAUAAUAUGUGGAAGUGUGAAAUCACGAAUUGAAUUAAAAACACAGAAGGAAGUUAAACGAUUGAAUGACAUACACAUAUUAGCAUGCAAGUUCUUUUGCUUUGCUGAAAUCAAAACUAAUGAUAUCGAAUGGCUCGAGAAAUUGAGAAGCAAACUACUAAAAAAAGGACCUCCUCGCCCUUCACAAGAGCAAGGAGGCACAACUAAAGGUACAAAGCCUAAAAGCGAGGAUGCCCUCUCGUUGAAGCUGCACGAAUUGCAGAGUAUCCUUGAAAAUUAUGGCCUUGGAGGGGAGACGGUUGAAAUAUUGACCUCUUUCAAGAAACAGCAGAAAUUGCAACCGGUUGUAGAACUGCUUCUUCUGGAUAUCAUGUCAAUUUUGAGUGGCUCGAUGAAACCCUGGGAGAGUAAUCUCUUUUUUUUCGAUGAUUGUGCUCCUCUGUUAAAUGGAAAAUUUCUUCGCGAUCACUUAGCGCAUGGUAACAUUUUAGUUGAUCUAUUGUCAUAUGACCCAUCUAUGGCGAUUUUUUUAAAUGCCAAGAAAUUUAGUGGUAUCGAAGAUUUUAGCAAAAUAACAAAAAAAAUUGGCAAAUUCAUAGCUGAUAUCCCUUCCUCGGUUCAAGCAAGACAUGAUCAAAAGCUAGCCAUCAUUUCCACUCAAGAAAAUCUAUUUAGUGAGUUGGCAGAGGGAAAUUUGGAAGCGGUGAGAACCUGUCUUCGAAAAGGAGCUGAUAUGAAUGCCCGAAAUAUGAAAGGGCAAACAGCAACGCAUUUCGCUUGUAUGGGAUCAAAUCUUGAUGUUCUAAAGUUUACAUUCGAACAAACGUCAAACUCAAAUUUAAGGGAUGUAAUGGGACAAACUCCCCUUCAUAUUGCAGCUAAAUACGGAAACUCGGGUAUCAUAAAGUACCUCUUGGAAAGAGGUCUUCAAGUUAAUGCUUCUGAUGCCUUUCUGAACACUCCGUUGAUUGUAGCCGCUAGAAAUGGGCGAAAAGAGGCUGUCGAAGUUCUACUGAUAAAUAACGCCUGUACUUUUGCUAGAAAUCAGAAUGGCUUAGCGGCUGUACAUUACGCUAUCAGAUGCAAUCACUUCGAUGUGGCAAAAACCUUAUUAGAGAGAGAAGAAAAUGUUGAUUACAAUGAAUGUUUGAAUGGUUGCACUCCGUUGCAUAUCGCCACUGAAUGUGGAUAUCUCGAUAUAGUUAACUUUUUGCUCAGCAAAAAGGCUGAUGUAAAUAAAACUACAGACUACGGAAGGGUGCCACUGCAUUCAGCCGCUCUUUUUGGUCAUUUGGAAGUGGUAGAGGCUUUAAUUCAAAGGGGCGCUGAUGUAAAUGUCAGGGUCGUUCCUAAAGUAACUAAAAUUAAUUCUGUAACUCUGACGUCACUGUUCUUCCCAUCUCGUAGCGGCCACGAUGAAAUUUCAAUCGUAGAGGUGGAGAUCAAUUUUGCCACUCUUCUACUCGAUUGUAGCACUCCUCUACACGCAGCUGUAGAACGCGGACAUAUAAAAGUGGUUGAAAUUUUACUAGAACAUGGGGCGGUAGUUACCACUGUAGAUGAUCAAAACAGGACGCCACUAGAUAUAGCUGUUCAAAAUGGUAACUUAGAACUCGUUAAAAUGUUAUUCAGACAGGAUGAAAUUGAUAUAAAUGGUAAAGAUAGAGAUGGAUGGACAAUGCUGGAUCACGCAUCUCGAAAAGAUAAUGUUGAACUCGUAAAAUUUCUGGUUAAAAAGGGUGCUGAUAUCAAUGUGGCGAAUUCGAAUUACAAAAGGCAUACAGGCACAAAACCCAUACACACUGCAGCAGCAGACGGCAAAACAAAAAUUUUAGAAUAUUUUCUGGAAUGCGGAUUGAGUGUACAGGAGGUGGAUGUAGAGAGACUGACACCAUUGCACUACGCUGCCAUGUAUGGCCAGCAUGAAAUGGUGAAUUAUUUGAUAACUCGCGGUGCAGAUGUAAAUUGCAAGAGUUACAUCGGUUGGACGCCCAUGCACUAUGCAGCCUCUGAUGGGCGUGAAGAAACGGUUAAAGUUCUUUUACAGAAUGGAGCUAUAUACAACGCGUUUGAUAUUAAUGUCGGCACACCACUAGAAAUUACCGAAAAUCAAGGUGUCAGAAGUCUACUAAAAUCAACCGACGAUUUAUUUGCAGCAAUGACAGAAAAUAAGUGUGCUCGGGUCAAAGAGUUAAUCGCAGAAGGAGCAAUCAUCGAUGCUAAGCAAUUUGUAGUUGGCGCUCCUAUUUUAUAUGCUGCGUGGCAAGGUUAUAAUGAUAUUAUUGAUUGUUUAUUAGAAAAUGGCGCUAAUCCAAACUCAACCAAUGUUACAGGUUUCACUCCGCUACAUUGCGCCGUAAAAAACUCGCAGUAUAAAGCAACUGUUGCCUUACUGCACAAAGGUGCAAUUUAUAAUUGUGCUAAUAUUGAGAAACUGACACCAUUAGACUUUGCCACGGAUGAAAAAAUAAUCGAACUCCUCAACAUGAUCGAUAAAGCUUUCAGAAAAGUUGACAGUCGUGACACCACAGUCAUCAGUGAUCUCAGAAAAAUAACUGAUAGAGAAAUAGUGAAAGCAAUAAUGCGAGCCUGUUCCAGAAAAAAGGAGUCUCUAAUGGUCACUGCGAUUAAUAAUAGUUUUCCUGCGAUAGAAGACCUGGAAAAGAUCUUUCAGGAUGAUACACUGGUCAAUGAAAGUCAAACCUAAUCCUUCCUAAAUCAGUUCUAAAGGCAUCAAUCCUUUGUACACUGGUUGUACAUCCGAAGGUUGCGAGGAAAUAAUUGUUAUUAACCCACCUUACAACGUUAAGCUAAGUUUAAGUGUCGGUGCAGUAAGGCUAAAUAGCUUUUUGGAUAUUUUUAAAGUACUUCAUGCAUAGAGCUGGAGCAAUGUGCAAUUUUAAAAAAGAGAAAAAUCAAUCCCCUCUCGAUUUUACUAUUAUAAACCCUGUAGAGAGGAGAAAAGUGAAAGAAUUGUAGAGUAAGUAUUGUGGUCUAGCAUUCUGUAUAUUAAUAAAGAAGAGGUUGCCUGGCCGUUUCUUUUUAAAGAGGUAGACGUUUGUUAUCUUCGCGGGGACAGCACAUCAUGGAGCAAAAUCCCUUAAGUGGCACUGAGCGCUUGUUAAGACAUCAGUAAGAUUUCAAAGAAAAGAACACACGAUGCCACAUUGUUCAAUCCUAAUCACAAUACUUACACCCCUGACAAUAUUUUUGGAGACUGAGUCGAUUUUAUAAUGAUGAAAGUACAAAUAUCGGUCCGCAUUUCCUCACUUUCUGUCCUUCUAUUCGCAAUUUUUUGUGAGGAUGAUGACAGAUUUGCAGGGAAAAUGUUACAUUUGCUUUCGAUUGUGCUUUUAAUACUUGGAUUGCAUUUUGCAAGAAGGAACCACUAGCAUUGCAAUGAUGCUAAGAUUGUGCAACUUCAUCUUUUGCAAUAAAAUUGCGGAAAUCGUGAAAAACUAUGAA